AAAAUUACGGCAGCACUAAGAAUUUUUCUAACGGCAAGUAGUGGGAGGAAAUGGUAUACAUUGAGAAAAAUACCAAAUGGCAGUUAAAAGUUUCCAGUACGGUACGGAAGUGGGGUUUUCACGUUUUAGGGUUCUCAAAUCUCAACUCUGAAGGUCUCUGAUCAAUUGCGAAGUCGCAAUAAGCAUAUCUUUAUUAUGUGUACGUGAAGAUGGUGACCUUGAGAAGCCAAACAAAAAGAACAAGGCAAAUAGAAUGGGAAAAUGAUAAUCCGGAUAGGAUCAGUGAAUUACCUGAAGAAAUUAUUACUCACAUUUUAUCAUCUCUUCCGAUCAAACGUAUGGUUUCUACAAGUGUUCUGGCUAAACAGUGGAGGUACCGAUGGACAUCUGUUCCCGUCAUCGACUUUCACAGUUUGGGGUCUCGUUAUGUUUCUGAAGCUCGUCGUCCCAAAAGGAUCAACGCAUACAUGGAUUUUGUGGAUCGAGUGCUUUCUUUUCAUCAAGACAACAACAGUAUAAAGAAAUUCUCCCUCAAUUUUGAUGGUCUCUUUGAUGCAUCUCGGGUUCAAGGAUGGAUAUCUAAUGUGUUAAUUAGACAUAAAGUCGAAGAGCUUGUUCUUAUUGCUCCGAUUCCCAUCACGUUUCACCCAUUCAUAUUUACUUGUGAGUCGCUCACAUUGCUGCAGCUACAUAUGGACUGCAAUCUCCACCUUCCAAAAUCAGUAAGUUUUCCAAAACUUAAGAUCCUUCGACUCGGCGUCUUGUUGGAGAAUGAGCAAUUCAUUCAUAUGUUGCUUUCCAGCUCCCCCAUUCUUGAAGAGUUGAGUUUGAGAGUGUCUUUUUGGAAGAUACAGCAACUAAGUAUUUUUGGUUCUAAUAUGAAGCGGUUGUUCAUUCAAAAUGCAAUGCAUAAGUAUUUCGAUAUCCAGAUCAAUGCACCAAAUUUACAGUCAUUCAAAUACUCUUCAAUGCUUGCAAGGGAUUUUGUUUCGCAAAGUUUCUCAACAUUGCUUGAUGCAGAAAUUAUCAUUCAACGCUCAGCAGGUAAUGGGGAAACAGGUGAUCAACUUCGUUGUUCUGUAACCAAGCUGUUCAAUAGUGUUUCUCAUGUGAAAUAUCUAAAAAUAUCCGAGUAUGGUCUAAAGUUUCUUACAUAUCAAGAUCACUUCCUAAAGAGUUUGUCUCCGUUUUAUAACUUGAUUCAUUUGGAAGUAACGACUGCAGCUUCACAUUUUGGAGGUGGAUUUCAUGAUGAGGUUAUUCUACCGUGUUGGACUGUUGAAACACUAUUCAAGUUUCUCCAUGUCUCACCAAAUAUGGAGUCACUCAUCUUUGUUGAUGGAUUUUGUGACUAUGAAGCUUACCCAUCUGACGAGUGGUCGCUAGAUUUGGUUCCUCACUGUUUGCUGCGGCAUCUCAAGUCCAUUGAGUUUCACGGGUGUUUCUGGAACCAAGCCGAGAAGGAUUUGGUAAGAUUGUUUCUGAAGAAUGCAAAUGUCUUACAGACGGUAAGAGUUACAAUUUCGGGUCAGUCAUCUUAUUUCUCAAAGAAGUCGAAUUAUAAAAAGAAAGUUUUGAAUGAGAUAGCAUUAUUUCCAAGAGGCUCAGUUGACUGUGUAGUUCAUGUCUCUUGAAACAUUUAAAGAAUUACAUACCUGGUUUGCUGA